AUGGCAGCCACAGUAAAGUUGACGAACGCAGUUUGCGAAACGAAAAACAAAACCUGGGUUACCUUCGAUCUGUGCCGGCUGCGUGCGAUUAGUCGCAACAAAACAGUUUUGAACAUGGAGAUAAACCUUUUGCAGCCGGUGCAUGUCGUCGACUUAAACUUUCGGAUGCAGAAAAGGGCAAAUGGCUAUAAGCCCUGGCUGGGCCAGUAUACGGUUGAUUUCUGUGCAUUUAUUCGCAAGGUCAAUCAUCCUGUCAUUAAGAUUUAUUAUGAUAUUAUCAAAAGUUAUACAACCCUCAACCACACUUGUCCCUACAUGGGCAAGCAGAUUGUUAAGGACUUCUUCUGGGAUCCUAGGAACUUAACGGUGCCUUUGCCAAGUGGGGAUUACAUGGUGCUCCUAACCUGGAUUUUCGAUAAGAGACCGCAGGCUUCAACGAAUUUUUACUUUACGUUCCGUCAGGAUUUAUUCAAAGAUUAA